CGCACGACUCAACCUUGGACCUAAUUCGUGUCUCUGGCAGUGUGCCGUCCUGCAGGUUUCGAGCGAUCUCUCUUAAACAUGCCAACCAACCGGUAAUUGUGGCUGCGGCGUUCAAUGCCGACGCAAUGUAACUUACCCCAUAUACAUGCCGCAUUAGAACGUUUUAUCCGCCGGCUAAACGAUGCUUGUUCAUGGGUAUGGGACUGGGACAAAGGUUGAGCUCGCUCCUCGGUCUUCCGCGCCAGAUAUCCAUGACAAGCAUCAACACCGCCCAAUUCAGAGGUUUUGCAGUCUUGCAAAACCACCAUGGACCCGAUGAAGCACGAGGCCGACGAGGAAGAGCAGGCGUUCCUACGCCAGCCUAGCGAGGAUGGCGCCGCCGGAUCACCAAACAGCCAAAGGGGCGACAGCAGCAAGUCCCGGAGGAGACAGGCGAUGGGCUAUCUGAGGCUGCUCUUGGAGAUCGCCAUGGCCGUCAUUAUCAUCAGUCUAGUUGUCUUCAAGCCCUUCUUCGUGGCACGGGAGACGCUGCGGAGGACACCGGUGCCUCGAUUUCCACACAAGAUAUACACAUUCCGUGACAACCCCAAAUAUCUCCGCGAGGACAUGUGGUUCAACGAGUCGCUCACCCUUCGUACUCUCCACAACUGGAUCGAGUUGAGCUCGGACAGCAGAGGCUACGUCGUCGUCCCCGACCGCAGCCGCUACGACCUGCCGGAGCCUUACGAAGUCCCCAUCGACCGGCACCACGACGGUGAGGGGUACAUGAUGACGGUGUUCCACCAGCUGCACUGCCUGUCAUACCUGGCCGAGCAUUUCCAGCGGGGGUACGGGAGACACGAGCUGACGGACGAGGUCGCGCACCACUCGUCGCACUGCUUCAACUAUUUGCGGCAAGGCAUCAUGUGCUCGGCCGACACGACGCUCGAGGGCAAGACUGAGGCCGGGCCGGGGGAGGGCUCCGAGCACGAGUGUGUCGAUUAUGAGGCGCUGCUGCGCUGGGCCAACGACCAUUCGGCCAUGAAGUGGCGGACGGGGCUGCUACCAAGCGAGUCGAUUCUUUGAGCACUGGUUGUAAGAUAGCUAUGCACCGUGUGUGAAAAACAUUAUACGUUCUUAUUGCUAUGAGGUAUUCCCAACAUCAACCGCACCACGGGUCCC